GGAAAGAGGAGCCGAGCGGAGAGGCAGCGCCGUUAACUGCAUCUCAGCGCAGCAGUUCCUCCUUUCUUCACCUCCGCGUCAUGCUGGAUUGGAGAAAGUGGUCAGCGAAGAGAAACCAGAUUAAUCCCUUUUUACGCCAGAUAAGGUCGUCGAGCGUUUCUCUGCCUCCCAGAACGGAUCUUUGAAGGCUUUUAUCAUGGAAGAUGGCGUUAAAGAAGAUCCAGCCAAGCCCAAAGAGGUGAAGAGCACGGGCAAGGCCGGUUGGCUGAAGAAGUCCUCAGGGAAGUUCCUUGGCAGCUACAAGGACCGCUAUAUCCAGCUGGACAGAACAGAGAUCGUAGUGUAUGACAACGAGGACUUUACGAACUGCUUAGAGCGAUUAGACCUGGAAAACUUCGACAAAUGCCAUGAGUUACGCAGUGUCUUCAAGAAAAAAAACAGGCUGAUACUGAUAGGAUCGCAGAAGAGUGGGAGUAAGGUCUCUAGUGUCAAACUGCAGGCUGAAAGUCAGGAAGAGAAGGAUGCUUGGAUCAAGGCGCUCAGUGAUGGCAUUAACAGGGCAAAAAAUAAAAUCUUUGAUGAGGUAAAAGUAGAUGAAGGUCUCUCUUUGGAGCAUGUAACACGUUCUCGGCCAAAGGGCAAUCGUGGUAGAAGGCCACCAACCAGGAUACACAUGAAGGAGGCUGCAAAUGUCUCAGUGGAUGGAAUUCUGAGGCUAGACCUCGAUGGUGUCGAGGGUACGCCUAAUGGAACACACGUCCCACCUGCUGAAGGGAGUGAGACUGGAAAGCCUGAAACAACUCCAUCAAAGUCUUUAGGCAACAUUCCAGAGGAAAGUGGAGCUGAGGAAGGUGAACCUCAGAAGAAAGUCGUGAAACCACCCAUGCCCCCUUCAAAAGAGAACAAACCCAGCGAAAGUCAGGAGAAUGAACCCCCACAGAAGAAGGUGCUUAUGCCACCAAUGCCACCAUCAAAGGAGAAGAAACCAUCCAAAAAUACAGAAGAGGAGGAAACAAGUGAAGUGAUACAGGAGAAAAGAGUCUUGACACCCCCUAUGCCUCCUUCGAAGGAGAAUAAACUGACCAUUUCUGCCAAUGGGGAUGCCACUCGAGAUAAUGUCUCAGACAGUGGGGUGGAGUCUGGAGCAGUACCUUCUCCAAGCAAGUCAAGUCCAACUCUAAAAGAGACAGAUGAUACAGAGUCUAAUGAACCUGCCUCUCCCAAGACCACCACCCAUCCACCAACUCCACCAUCCAAAGACAAGAAACCCAGCCAGGCACUCAGUUUAAAGAAGCAAGACAGCCUUUCAGAAGACAAUGAUGUUGACCAAAAAGAUGAUAAAGACCAUAAAGAUGAUAAAGAUGAUAAAGACCAUGAAGACGAUAAAGAUGAUAAAGACGAUAUAGAUGAUAAAGAUGAUAAAGACGAUAUAGAUGAUAAAGACAGCAAAGUCAAUGAGGAUGUGAAAGAUGAUAGCAUUGACUCUCAGAAGGCAGUGCAAGAAGAAGACAAGGUUAAGACAGAGGAUACUGCAUUCAUUCUCUCAAAUAAUGUCCCAAAGCCUCAAGGAGUAUGUUGGGAUUCACCUAGUACAGCGUUGGAGAACAUCUCUGUUGAAGUAGAAGCUAACAAAUCUGCUGCCUUGGAUGUGACUCAAGCCAAAACUCCUGAACCUGCAAAACCUGUCAGUGAACUCAAAUUAACUCCACAUUCAACUCCAGAGGCUGUUAAAAAGGGACCCCCUGCUCCACCCAAAAAGAAACCUCUAAAACCACCCGUCAAAACGGGAGACGAUGGUCCAGAGAGUGUCCCUGCUGUCUCCCCCAGCAGCUCACUUCCUACUACUGUCACAUCCUCUGAGAGUAAAAGUGUCCCUCAGAAUGAUCCGAAACCAGACACUCAGGAAACCAAAGGUGAAAACAAGGUUGUCUUGCCUUCGUGUAAUCCAACUGAAGACGACAUCUCUGGGCUGGAAGUGGAAGUGGAAGAAAAGUCUGUAGACAGCGGCCAACUAUCAGCAGAGGAUUCCGAAAGUGGCGACCAAGUAACUUCAUCUACAGACAAGCUGGAAGGUAGCCUCCAGGGUCUCGAUGAAGAGAUCAGCGAAGAGGACUUAGAGUCCUGUGAUAGCAAGGCUGUGGAUGAGCCAUCCCCAGCGAUCCUAACUGUAACACCUAAUGCAGCUGUGGAGAGCUCCUCUACUAGCCCUCCACCAAGAAGUCCAGCGACACCGCUGACCUCAAAAACAAGGGCCGCAUCCACUGGAGACCUUCUUGAGUUGCACGUUGCGCCGCAAGGAAGUGACAUGAAGGACUUGCAAAGUAAAGUAUCUAUAGAGCUUGAAGAAACAGGAAAGCUGCUGGGGGAGAUAGGACUGGACCACGAGGGGGAAAGUAGCCCAGAGAUUCUGCUGGCCACUGCCAUGGAGAAGCUUAGGCAAGCUGACCAGUUCUUGAGAGAAGCCAAAAGUUUUAAAGAGCUUGAAAACAAGAGCAAUAGAACAAGUUGGUGAAUGCAAAAUGCCUGUAUAAUAGAAGAUGCUUGUAAGACGCAUUGUUUGUUUGUUAUGCUUUUUUUUCAAAACCUGCAAGUGCAAUUAUGUCCCUUAUCACAUUCUGGACUAAUGCCCAGUUGACUGGCUCAUCAAAACUUAGAUCAUGGAUUAAACUGUGCCUUCCACUAUGCCUGUACUUUUAAGGACAAUUUAUGAGCUAAACCGACUGUGCACGAUGACUUUAAUAGUGGUGACAAAACAAAUAUUAAUGUCACUCAGCGUACGUCAAAGCAAGCAUUGAUGUUUGUUUGCUUACUGGGGGAGUGGCAUCCUUCUCAAUUCCCACUUUCACUUACAGAUGAAUUCCAUUUCUAUUAUUAGUCCUCAAAAUUAAGUUAAAAAGCUUUAGAAAUCUGAGAUUACAGUGCUGCCUGUUUUCUCACUGUUUUGCUUGAUUUUAAUACACAUAUAUCUGGCAAACUGAUCCACCUUACAAGGCAGUUCCGACAUUUUUCAAGGUUUCUGCAUAGUUCAAUAUUCACUCACUUUUGAACAAAGUCAUUCAGAGUGGUUUGAUGUGAAAUGGUUCCCAGAUUACUGACAAAAUCUGAAUUUUUGGAGUUAUCAGAUUAUUAAGUGCAUGUUAGUGCACUCAUGUUAUCCAGCCCGUCACAAUUAUUACAUAACCACCUAUAUUUAACUGACCGUAGUUACAUUCCAAUGCUAGUCCUUCGACAAUCAUUGUACCACAUCAAGCAGAAAAUAGAUUUCAUAAAUGCAUAUUAAUGCAUAUAAAUUAAAAAGGCAGGAAACACAUUCCCCAAGACAAAUUCUCAGCAAAAGUUCAGACUUUUAACUGGGUGCUGCAACACGUUUAGAGGUUUGUUUAUGUCUGUUUAUAGAUAGCUAAAUCGGUAAUGCUAAUUUUAGCACAGAUGCUAGAAGAACAAGUGGUUUGGUUGACUGUACACACAACUCUGUGAAACCGUAGACACCAUUUCAUGCUAGCACAGCUUAAUGUUAGCCACAAAGAGAGGAUAGCUAAGAUGGCUGAUAACCCAUUUUAGCCACAUAGGCUUGUAUUUGGUGCAUAAAGUGAACAGGAAAAAGACCAUUGAAUCACUAAUCGCAAUCGUUUGCGUUCAUUCUGUCGUCAUGACACGCCUACCGCUAUCUAAAAUGAGUUCGAGACCCCUGUUCAAAGGCAUCGGCUUCCUGUGAGGGAGCUUUUAGUAGCAUUAAGUGGUUCAGAUGUCUGGUUCCUGUCACCACCACUGUGACUCAUUUUCUCCUGGUUUCUCUAGAAUGGAGCAACAAACCCAUUUGAAUGACUUUCUUUACAUCCUAACAAUUGAAUUCUGCAGAAAUGUUGUGGAAAAAUGGGUGGAAUUCUCUUUUAAUGCAAAGUGUUGCACAUGCUGGCCCUCAAGCAAAGCCAUGCAAUAAUGAAAGUGUUAGUGCUGUCUCCUACUGCCUCUUACUCUCAUGCUUCAAAUAAUGGCUUAUGAAUAGCUCACAGGAACCUGCUUGAUUUACCAUGUAGAUAAUUUUUUAUGCAUUUUACAGUUUGGGCAGAGAGACAUGCGCGAUUUCCACAUGUUGUAAAUAAAUUUUUUUUGUACUGAUACACUUUUGUAUUAAUUCCUUAAUUUUUUUUCAUAUAGUUAGAAUGUCAGUCGUGCUGGGCUAACCUCACUGUCCUUCGUUGUUGUUGACAUUCAUGUUUGUUUUUUUUAAUGUAGGAUAAGUACACACUCUGUGUAUUUUCAGAUUUAAGAGUAAGAACAAAUAUCAAACUAAAGGUGUCAAAAAUAACAGGAUUUAACCCAAUUUGUACGCUAAUACUGUUUUUUUAUUUUUAAUAAAACAUGAAUAGACCAUAGUGACACAGUACAUAGCUCCAAGCUGUGAGUUCAGUGUAAAAUGUACUUAUCUAAACCUUUCUGAAAAUAGCACCUGUCGUAAUUUUCCCAGGCCUUUUCCAAUCGCAUUGUAUGGCUCAUUAAUUUUGCAAAGGUUUUUGCUUGGUUCUCGUUAUCAUGUUUAAAUAUGAAUUUGUAAAUAACAUGUCUACCAAUGAAGUGCUUAAUAUUUAAGUUAUUAAUAAUUCUGACAUUCUGGUCCAUGUGCUGUUUUCAAUAGAGCGCCCAUUGCGCUGAACUGAUGUUUAUUUUUAAAGCUGAAUGGAGGUCUAUGACUUUAUUUUGUAGUAUAUUAUUUGUGUUCACUAACUGGACUAAUACGUUUAUGAUCGGAUAUCUAAAUGCCUACUGAAUGUGCAGGAGAUAAAUAACACAUUGCUUGCUAUUAUAAUUAAUUAUUAAUAAAAAAAUGUCCUCCAUG